AUGUUUUCGACAGGAGCUCGAUUCUUUUUUUUUUAUUUAUUUGGUUUUAGAAUAGAUUUGCAAUACAUAAUUGGUUCUUUCCCCUUAUUGUUAGAGUUACCAAUAUCUAUUGUCCUUAUUAUUCCAAAAAAAACCAAUUGUUUCAAUAAUGAAUUUUUAUGGUACAAGUAUAUUGCUCAUGAAAAUAGUUCUAGCCCAUCAUGUAACUACCACUAUUAUCUUGAAUUCCCCUAG